AUGGCCUCCAAGAAUGGGAUCAGCCGUAGGGAUGAAGACGAGGUCUGCCCCGUCUGCAAAUCCUCCCGAUACCUCAAUCCGAACAUGCGGUUCCUCAUCAACCCAGAAUGCUACCACAAGAUGUGCGAAUCUUGUGUCGACCGAAUCUUCUCAUCCGGCCCUUCAAGCUGCCCUGUAGCAGGCUGCCGAAAAACGCUGCGCAAGAACCGAUUCCGAGCACAGACUUUCGAGGACAUCGGAGUAGAGAGGGAGGUCGAUAUUCGGCGGCGAGUGAUGCACAUCCUAAACCGCCGUGAGGAAGAAUUUGACUCCAAGCGCGCAUACGAUGACUUCCUCGAACAACGUGAAGAAAUAAUCGCCAACCUAGUUUCCCGCAUCGACGUAGCCAAGACCGAGGCCCAGCUCCAGAGAUACGCCACCGAAAACAUGCAGUCCAUCCGCACAAAUCAAGCCAUCGAGGAAGAAGAAGCAUCUUCCUUCCAAGCUCGCAUGACUCUGGAACAAGAAGAAGCUCGCCUGCGACGUCAGCUCGCCCGCGAACAGAUUGAGAACGAACGUCGCGAGAUACAAGCCGGUCGCGAAGAUAUGCUUUCACGACUUGCAUCUGGAUCCAGCGCUGAUGCAGCGGCUAUUGCUCGUGAGGGUCACAAGGUUUUGUUGAAGAAGUCGUCCGCGAGACGGAGUGAGGAAGACCGUAUUCGGCAGAAGCAGGCUGCGCUGCGUGGAAGUGAGCUGAAGCGGGGCGGUGCAUUUGGUUCGGCGAGUGAUAUGGCGUCUAGCUCUGGACUUAUCAAAGGCCUGCGGAAGAUCAAGACGCCAGAACCGGAGAAACCUUACGAUCCGUUCAUGGGUUAUGUCCCCGAAAAGAGGGAUUACUAUACCUUGCAGCAAAAUUAUCCAUCUAUGUACUUGGAUCGUGUCAAGAAUGACACAAGAGUUGCAGCUGGUGGAUAUGACUUACGAGAGUACUACGCGCGAACGAUGGUGGAGGCGUUUGCGGGACUAGGGUGUUUUGUUGAAGAUGAGGUUGCGCAACGAAGUGUUGCUUGA